ACAUAAAAAAAAGAAAACAUUUUAAAAAAGCACAGAGCUGAUGCAACCAGCUGCCACUUCACGCAAGGGAAACAUCAAAGGACACAAAGGGUAAUAAAGUAGCAGAGAGCUGAUGCAACCAGCUGCAACUUCAGCUGCGCCAUUACUACAAAGUAAAACACAACAACAACAAAAUGAGAAAUAAAUAAUACAUAUUGGGCACAUACGAUUGCACCAUGCACAGACAAACAACAAAAACAGCCUCUGCGUUGCUCCACGCCAUCGUCUGCGGGGGUGGGGGGGAAGCACAGCCAGAGACAGGAACAGACCCAACAAAGCAACCAACUAGACUGCCCACUGGCACUCGGCCAAUGCCCGGUCCGAGCGGAGGAGCGAGAAUCUGUCCAUGGAGACCGAAGUGUCCGAUACAUAACGACAGUCAUUUCCUCCGGUCUCUCCAGGUAUGCGCACGGACUCUGGUGUGACAGAAAGCCAGCAGCUGCAGUCUCACCGGUGCAAACAUGUCCAAGUCAUCAGACAUCAGUGACGAAGAUCUUCCCGCUGAGCAGCGGGAGUGGAGCACCUCGGCGGAGCCUGAGGAUCCUGGGCCUCCCCUCAUCAAAGAGGAGCAAGUAUGGACUCCGGAAGAGGCUGACGUCAGCGAGUUUCCAGUGACUUGUGUGGUUGUGAAGAGCGAAGACGCCGACGCCGAGAGGCCGCAGCUUGAGCAGAGUCAAAGUGAGGAGACGAGAAGAUCAGAAGCAGACAGCCUCUUAGCUCCAGUAUCUGACAGCGACGAGACGACGCCACACUCUGCUGACACUGAUGAUGAGGACUCUAAAGUGGAUAAGACGUCUCACACGGACAAAAAAUCAUUUCAGUGCUCUCAAUGUGACAAAACUUUUGGAUGGCUGACAACUUUCAAGAGACACAUGAGAGUCCACACGGGUGAAAAACCGUACGGCUGCUCAGUUUGCGGUAAAAGAUUCUCCUUAAAUUGCACUUUGACGAUACACAUGAGAACGCACACCGGAGAGAAACCUUUUCUCUGCACCAUUUGUAGCCAGAGGUUCUCUCGAAAAAGCGAUCUGGUGGUGCACACGAGAACGCACACGGGUGAAAAACCGUUCGUUUGCUCAGUCUGCGGCGAGACGUUCUCCCAAAGAGGAAAUUUGAACAUCCACAUGAGAUUACACACCGGAGAGAAACCGUUGUCGUGCCUGAUUUGUGGCGAAAAAUUCUCCCAUCGAGGCAGUUUGAUGAAUCACACCAGGAAACACACCGGAGAGAAACCGUUCAGUUGCAAAAAGUGUGACGGAAAAUUCUCUUAUAAGUAUCAGUAUCGCAAACACGUGUGUGCUGCUAUACGCGACGCAGCGCUUUGACUCAAUCAUGUAGCGUUAAAGUAACUUAUAUUCUUUUAUCACGUUUAAUAUGUGUAUCAACCAUUGGAAUGAAUUGAGCAUGUUUUCAUUAAGUCAUGUGACAUUUUCCUUGCAAGAAAAAUGCAAACAAAUUUUAGCACUGUAUAUAAAUGUCUGCAGUUGGGUUGUACGAUAUGCCAGUACUAAAAAACUGCGGUAGUAAUUAAUUAAAAAAGGUACAAUAAUGCCUUUAAAAAAAAUACCAGUACUUUUUUUUUCAUGGACAUGAUGACGCGCCAGGGCAUACUUGCCAACCCUCCCUAUUUUCCCGGGAGACUCACGAAUUUCAGUGCACCCUCCCGAAAAUCUCCCGGGGCAACCAUUCUCCCGAAUUUCUCCCAAUUUUCACCCGGACAACAAUAUUGGGGGCGUGCCUUAAAGGCACUGCCUUUAGCGUCCUCUCUCACCUGAAAAGGAGACUAUUAUAUAUGUCUCCGUUAUCCAUAGGUUUAUCUAUAACCCAUAAAGUAGGCAGGCACGGAGCUAUUUCUCAGCGUGUGUUUUAUUCCAGCCGGCACGUUAAUACACUGACACACAACAUCCGGAUUCCCGUCAUGCAUUGCUUCAAAACUACGGCAAGUAGUAAUGUCCAAAAACAUAACAGAGGAACGAAGGAGAGACAUGGCGACGACGAGUAAGAAGAAGAAGUACGCUUGCAAGUUCCAAAAUGAUUGGAAAAAAAUAAUUUCAGUUCAUCCAGGACAGCUCGAAGGGGAAGGGGUAUGCUGCCUGCACAUUUUGUAGAUCUGACUUCUCCAUUGAACACGAUGGCCGAACGGAUAUACUCAUUCAUGAACAUAUUAUUUUAUAUAUAUAUAUUAGGGGUGUAACGGUACGUGUAUUUAUAUUGACCCGUUUCGGUACGGGGGUUCCGGUUCGGUUCGGAGGUGUACCGAACGAGUUUCCACACGGACAUAUUAAGUAGCGUAACGCACGUUGUGUAAACAAUGCACACCGAGGCACAACACACGGCAUGCUAGCAGCUAACGGGCUACGAUAGACUGACUAUACGUCCUCUUUUCACCGGACAUGUCCUCUUUUGCGGAGCUGUCAGGGCGGAGUUUCUUAAAUGCCUCAAAUGUCCAAAAUUUUGAGUUAGGGUUGCGUGUAUUUUCAAUGUACGUUCAGGGUUAAGAAGGGGUUGAAAACAAAACAAAUUGUGCGCGCAGCAGCAUUGUGAGGGAGGGGCAGAGACAGAGAGAACGAGAGAGUUAUGAUAAACGCGCAUGAGUCACCAGGCUCUGCUUUUUAUCCAUAGAUUUAUCAGAUUUAAUUUUUUAUUAUCUUCAGCAGGAGGCCAUUUGCUGCCCACAGCUAAUGUUUUAAAGGCCCACGGCACAUUCUAAAAAAUACUAUUAAAAUAAACAAAAACAUAACAAAAGUGAAUUAAAAAUGCUUAAAGGUUAAAUGUAAUUUAGAAAAAGUUGCAAUGUUGACUAAUAAAACAAAGCUGUUUUUUUUUCUCUUUCAAACUGUCAUUGCUCAAAACAUAAUAUUGAAUCAAAAUCAGUGUUAUUAUGAAUUAUUGACCUAUCCAAGGUUCUGAUUACUUCACAUCAAAUAUUCCACUAAGAAAAAUAUUUGGUAAAUAAAUAACCCAAAAAUGUAUAUUUGGUUGUUUUCUUACUGUACCGAAAAUGAACCGAACCGUGACCUCUAAACCGAGGUACGUACCGAACCGACAUUUUUGUGUACCGUUA